GCGCGCAGCGAUCGAUCCCUCCCAUCCCCACCGAAGGCCCGCCGGAACCGCAGGCCCAGGAGACCCCCCAACCUCGCCCCAUCGCCCAAACCCCGUCUAAUUCUAACCAUGUCCACUGCGACCUCCUCCACUAUCACCGCCAGCAGCACCCGCACUCACCACCCCUCCUCCUCCUCCUCCACCGCCCAAUCCGCCACCCAAGCCUGCGCCGUCUGCAAGUACCAGCGCCGCAAGUGCAACCCCGACUGCACCCUCGCCCCCUACUUCCCCGCCGACCAGCAGCGCCAGUUCCUCAACGCCCACCGCCUCUUCGGCGUCAGCAACAUCCUCAAGAUCAUCCGCCACGUCGAUCCCGUCCAGCGUGCCGAAGCUAUGCACUCCAUCAUCUUUCAGUCCAACGCCCGCGCCCAUGACCCCGUCGGUGGAUGCUACCGUAUCAUCCUCGAGCUCGAGCGCCAGCUCGAGCAUGACACCGCCGAGCUCGCCCUCGUACUCCGCCAGCUCGCCAUCUGCCGCGCCCAGGCCCAAGCUGCUCUAUCCCCCGGCGCAGCCGACGUCACCAUCAAUCCCAAUCUCAUUCUAAGCACCGGCGACGACACCGGCAGUGAUGCCAUCUACGGUAGCCAUCAAAGCAGCCUUGUUCUUCCGAUGCAGCAGCAGCAGCAACCACAGCAACAGCAGUACUACGAUUAUUUCUAUUAUGAUGGUGGUGGUGACAACCCAGCCAGCAAUGAGCAUCAUAACACUAAUAACCAUAGCAUGACUAAUAGCAAUAGCAUUAACAAUAAUAACCAUCAUAAUUAUAAUAAUGCUGGGGUGGAGAUGGAAGUGCCGACUUCGUCGAUGCUGAGCCUGCACCCGCAGCAGUGCAGGGUUGACGACGAGGCUGUGAAGCCGCUUGUCGAUAUGUUCGAGGACAGGCAGGCGUUCACGAUAGGGGACGACGAAGAGGAAUCUGCCAAGAAUUUUGCUGCUACCGUCGCCACCGCCGAACCAUUCCAGUGCAGUGGUAAGAUGGAUUUGAAAGAGGAAUUAAAUCCAGUUGAGGAUGUUCCAGAGCAUGAUCUGAAAGGCGCCGCUUCCUUGUUUACGCUCACAAAUUGUACAAGCUCUUCCAUAUGAUUUUUUUUUUUUUAGAUCCUGCUCUAUUUUUUCUUUCCACCACAUCUUUUUAGAAAUUCUUUUUUUUUGGAGAAAAAUACAUUUCUUGGUUUCUUUGUGACGGAGUACGCAUGGAGAUUCCUUAUAAGCUAUGAAGGAGUAUAUAUGGAGAUAUCAACAUUGCUAUAGGUCUAUUCACAAAUAUAUUUUCAGCUCAAUAGAUGCUAUAUUGAUGCAAAAGAGAAGGAUGUAGAUGUGCUAAUAAUUCUAUGACCUCUUUAUAUAUUGUUCCACAGAGAGCAUGUGGAAAACCUUUGACACGCUUGAUCUGCACUGCCAGAGAUAUCCUCGUCCUAUUAAAACAUUGUCAUCAAUAAGAUUUUGAUCGGGCAUGCAUGUGAUCGAGAUGCUUCUAAAAAACAUGGUUAUAUUAAUCAAAUGCUUUUAAUCUCAUUUUUUUUCUUUUCACUUGUUCAUAAGCAUC